AUGGUAUCAAAAGUUACUGGAAUUAGAUUCUGGAAUAGACUUGAUAGUAAAAGAAAGGGUUGUGAUCAUUCAGGACAAAUUCAACAUGAAAUAUUACAUACAAUAGGUUUUUAUCAUAAACAUAGUAGAAUAGAUAGAGAUAAAAAUCUUAAAAUUUAUUAUCAAAGUAUUAUUCCUUAUCGUAAACAAAGUUUUGAUCUUGUAUUAAAAAAUUAUUCUAAUACUUUUGGUGUUCCAUAA